UUUUAUCCAAAAGAAAGCAGAACAAAGGAUGAUAUUUUUCUUGCACUUAGCAUCUGCAGAUCUCAAAAUAUUAUAAAGGAACAUGUUCAGUAUUCUAAGAGGGCAAUGGAGGCAUGGAGAGUGUUGCUUGUAUUUCUUUAGGAAAACUGAGGACUAUCCCACAUCUUUUAGUAUGGUUUGAAAACGUAAGUUUAUGCUGUUCAAGAAGGCUCCUUGGCAUCCAGUCUAUCCUUUUAAGGAAAUGGGCCAUCAAUUGGCUUCCAUACCCAAGGGAUGUGGUCCAGGAAUAUAUCUGUCAUAAUAAUAAUUUGUAAGAAAGCAGUGCACAGCCAGAACCACAUUAGGCAACCAGCAGGCAGGUGCAUUUAUCUGUUCCUUGAAUGGCACUAUAUACGUGCAGAGUAGAAACCAAAGCUAAGAGCAUUUUUUGCUGGAGAAACUCCACUAGUUUUUGAGAAGUCAUUCCUCAUUUAUUCCUGUGUGAGACAGAGGAAUUGCAUCCAUGUGCAAUCAGGGGUUUAAAAGAUAAUUUCAAAGGGUUGUAAGCUCUCCCUGUCCAUCUUUUUAAUUAAGAAUGAUGGUUAUUGGAGAUCUUCCAGUACUGAACACUCCUGUAAUUCAGUUACUGCUCCAAAAGUAAUCCUGUUUAUGAUAAUCAUAGCAGGAGAACUGAGCUUUGCCUUCAUAUGCACGCCCGUACAUCCAUGGUACUUGCUGAGAUCCGUGGGCUGAAUAUGGUUUUAUAACUGUUGAAUUUCAUUACAGUUAUUUUCUAAGCAUUAAAAUUAUUCUGAGGGAUUUGAUGGGAGAGAUGACCAUUGCUUUACCCAUGUAAUUUGUCACUGACUCCAUCAGCACCCUGUAACCGCUGUGGUGUGCUGGUGGGACACCUUCGCCCUGCCCCAGUAAGACCCCUUUUAUUUUCACAGGAUGAGUUGGUGAGUGAGGAAAGCAGUUACUCUGACAAAUGCCAGGCUUGUGGGAGAACAGCUGGCCCUGCGGAUGAACUGACAGACUGCCUCCUCUGAAUCACUCUUUGGUGUCUGCGCUCGUGUUUUUGUUCCUUUGCCUUCUUCCUGGCUUUACUAGGGACAGACACACAGUCCUCAGCUCCCCGUGCCAGGACCCCACUCCCCAUCUGUGCACAGAACAUCCUGUUUGUCGUGUCACUGUGUGGAAUGUCCUCCUUGUGACAUCACAGAACAGAGCAUCCUGUGUGUCACAGGAGGAUAUGCAUGGCCACUGCCUGCAACAUCACUGAGGGCAUUAUGAAUGGUGUCAGCAGAGAUGGGCCCUGCAUGGACAGGGGAACUUCUUUUUGGCAGAGACACUGGCCCCAGACAGAUGUUCCUGGCACAAGCAUGCAUAUGGGGAAGGCAGCAAUGGGAAGAUGUAGCCAUAUUAGCGAGGACCGAGUCAUUGAACACUACAAGAAACUAAAUGGCCAGACAAGAGGUCAAGCAAUUGUGAAUUACAUGAGUAUUGUAGAAUCUCUCCCAACAUAUGGAGUGCAUUAUUACGCAGUAAAGGACAAGCAGGGAAUUCCAUGGUGGUUAGGACUUAGCUAUAAGGGGAUUUUUCAAUAUGACUACCACGACAAAGUGAAACCAAGAAAGAUCUUCCAAUGGAGGCAGCUGGAGAACCUCUAUUUCCGCGAGAAGAAGUUCUCGGUGGAGGUGCACGAUCCGCGCAGGGCAUCUGUGACCAGGAGGACUUUUGGGCAUAGUGGCAUUGCUGUGCAUACGUGGUACGCCUGUCCAGCACUGAUAAAGUCUAUCUGGGCUAUGGCCAUUAGUCAACAUCAGUUCUACCUGGACAGAAAGCAAAGCAAGUCCAAGAUUCAUGCUGCAAGAAGCCUGAGUGAGAUUGCAAUUGACCUGACUGAAACUGGAACGCUCAAGACCUCAAAGUUGGCCAACAUGGGGAGCAAAGGGAAAAUUAUCAGCGGCAGCAGCGGGAGUCUUCUGUCAUCAGGUUCCCAAGAGUCAGAUAGUUCUCAAUCUGCCAAGAAAGACAUGCUGGCUGCACUGAAAUCCAGGCAGGAAGCCUUGGAAGAGACACUGCGCCAACGCUUGGAAGAGCUGAAGAAACUGUGUCUCCGAGAAGCGGAGCUCACAGGAAAGCUGCCACGAGAAUAUCCCCUCGAUCCUGGGGAGGAGCCACCCAUUGUAAGGAGAAGAAUAGGAACUGCCUUUAAACUGGAUGAGCAGAAAAUCCUGCCUAAGGGAGAGGAGGCAGAGCUGGAACGCCUGGAGAGGGAGUUUGCCAUUCAGUCCCAGAUCACAGAGGCUGCCCGGCGCCUGGCAAGUGACCCGAACGUCAGCAAAAAGCUGAAGAAACAGAGGAAGACAUCCUACCUGAACGCACUGAAGAAACUGCAGGAGAUCGAAAAUGCCAUUAAUGAAUAUCGCAUCAAAUCUGGAAAGAAGCCAACCCAGAGAGCUUCCUUGAUCAUAGAUGAAGGAAACAUUGCCAGUGAAGACAGCUCCCUUUCGGAUGCCCUUGUUCUUGAGGAUGAGGAUUCUCAGGUCACCAGCACAAUAUCCCCUCUCCACUCCCCACAUAAAGGACUCCCACCCCGGCCACCCUUGCACAACAGGCCUCCUCCUCCACAGUCACUGGAAGGCCUCCGCCAAAUGCAUUACCACCGCAACGACUAUGACAAGUCCCCCAUCAAACCCAAGAUGUGGAGCGAGUCAUCCUUGGAUGAACCCUAUGAGAAGGUCAAGAAACGCUCCUCACACAGUCAUUCCAGCAAUCACAAGAGGUUCCCCAGCACCGGGAGCUGUGCUGAGGCAGGAGGGAGCAGCUCCCUACAGAACAGCCCCAUCCGGAGCCUUCCCCACUGGAACUCCCAGUCCAGCAUGCCCUCGACGCCGGAUCUACGGGUACGCAGUCCACACUACGUCCACUCCACACGGUCAGUAGACAUCAGCCCGACCAGACUGCACAGCUUAGCUCAGCACUUUAGACACCGGAGCUCCAGUUUGGAGUCACAAGGCAAGCUCCUCGGCUCAGAAAAUGAGACAGGGAGCCCUGAUUUCUACACCCCAAGGACUCGUAGCAGUAACGGCUCUGACCCCAUGGACGACUGCUCAUCCUGCACCAGCCAUUCCAGCUCUGAGCAUUACUACCCUGCUCAGAUGAACCCCAACUACUCCACCCUGGCAGAGGACUCCCCAUCGAAAGCCAGAGAGCGGCAGAGGCAAAGGCACAAAUCAGCAGGCAACCUGGUCUCUUCCAAUUCAGGGAGCAUGCCCAACCUGGCUGCGAGGAAUGGAACAGGGCACCACCGGGUCUACCUGCACAGCCAGAGCCAACCCUCUUCCCAAUACAGGAUCAAAGAGUAUCCCCUCUACAUCGAGGGCAGCUCCACACCCGUGGUGGUGCGCAGCCUGGAGAACGACCAGGAGGGACACUACAGCGUGAAAGCACAAUUCAAAACCUCCAACUCCUACACAGCGGGGGGGAUGUUUAAGGAGAACUGGCACGGGGACGAAGCGGAUUCUGUUCGGCUCACCCCCUCCCGCUCCCAAAUCAUAAGGACUCCAUCUCUGGGCAGGGAGGGCCACGAGAAGGGCUCGGGUAGGACUGCCGUGUCAGAUGAGCUGCGGCUCUGGUACCAGCGCUCCACAGCCUCCCACAAGGAGCACAGCCGCCUCUCGCACACGAGCUCCACUUCCUCGGACAGCAGCUCCCAGUACAGCACAUCUUCUCAAAGCACCUUUGUGGCGCACAGCAGGGUCACGAGAAUGCCUCAGAUGUGUAAAGCAACAUCAGCUGCCUUACCUCACAGCCAGAGGAGUUCAACACCAUCGAGUGAACUUGCAGCCACGCCACCAGGCAGUCCCCACCACAUUCUUGCAUGGCAGACUGGGACUUACAAUGAUAGCUGUUUCCUGGAUUCUCCCCUCUAUCCAGAAUUAGCAGAUGUCCAGUGGUAUGGACAGGAAAAAGCCAAGCCUGGGACUCUAGUGUGAACCCCUGACCUCAAAUUAAUCACAUCAAUGCCAUUCUGAGAUCACCUCACUGCCUCUCAUUUGCCUUACCCAGAUGCACUGUCACCCAGCACCAGCUUCAACUCUAAGCACUUUUCUCACGAUGCAAUUCAAGAUGACAUUACAGAGAUUGGCCCUGAGACAUCCACCACAACCAUGCAGGAUGGCAGCGCGUCCCAUCGCCGGCCCAGCACACAUCCCUGCAGAGCCUGUGGCCAGCGGGUGCAGUCAAGGCACACGUGUGAGCAGCCAUCUCAGCAGCUGGCAAUGGAAAAAAUGAUUUUUUUCCUUUUAAACGAUGGGAGCCUGCUGUUCUGUGGCAUGUAAUGGCAGUCAGAUUUCCAUGACCUGCAAUCUGAUCCAACAGAGUCUUAAUUUAAAGGGGGGGUGGGGGGAGGGUCAACACAAAUUG